UGGCGGCUCUGCGGGGCGCCGGGGCCGCGUUGCGAUCAACCCCCAGGUGCAGCGCGCAGCCCCACACGCCACCCAGCGCCCCCGAGGGGUUUGCCUGCCACUGUCGCUGAAUGAUUGCGUCAUCGAGAGCGGAAAACCACUUUUGCAUCCCUCUUCGACUUCUGGUGUGCCUGCCGUGACGUCAUAGCUCUGCGGAGGUGGAAGUCGAGGUUGGCGGGCUUAGAGGACCUCAUGGAGCCCAGAGGGACCAAGAGAGGAGCUGGGAAGACAGAAGUAGUUGAGCCUCGGAAUAAAGUCUCCCACCCAGCACCUUCACUGCCCACAGACCCUGCCCUCUACUCUGGGCCCUUUCCUUUUUACCGGCGCCCUUCCCAGUUGGGCUGCUUCUCCCUGGACGCCCAACGCCAGUACCAUGGAGAUGCCCGAGCCUUGCGCUACUACAGCCCACCCCCCACCAAUGGUCAGGGCCCCAACUUUGACCUCAGAGACGGAUACCCCAAUCGAUACCAGCCCCGGGACGAGGAAGUCCGAGAGAGCCUGGACCACCUGCUACGCUGGCUCCUGGAGCACCGAGGCCAGCUGGAGGGGGGUCCAGGCUGGCUGGCAGGAGCCGUAGUGACGUGGCGUGGGCACCUGACAAAACUGCUAACAACACCGUAUGAGCGGCAGGACGGCUGGCAGCUGGCAGCCUCCCGGUUCCAGGGGACACUGUACCUGAGUGAGGUAGAGACACUGGCUGCUCGGGCUCAGAGGCUUACCCGGCCACCUCUCCUUCAGGAGCUUAUGUACAUGGGGUACAAGUUCGAGCAGUACAUGUGUGCAGACAAACCUGGAGGCUCCCCGGACCCCUCUGGGGAGGUUAACACCAACGUGGCCUUCUGCUCUGUGCUACGCAGCCGCCUGGGAAACCACCCUCUGCUCUUCGCAGGGGAGGUAGACUGCACAGACCCCCAGGCCCCAUCCCCACAGCCCCCCACCUGCUAUGUGGAGCUCAAGACCUCCAAGGAGAUGCACAGCCCUGGCCAAUGGAGAAGCUUCUACAGACACAAGCUUCUAAAGUGGUGGGCUCAGUCGUUCCUCCCAGGAGUCCCAAAUGUUGUCGCUGGCUUCCGUACCCCAGAGGGUUUCGUCUGUUCCCUCAAGACUUUUCCCACCAUGCAGAUGUUUGAACAUGUCAGGAAUGACCGUGAUGGCUGGAAUCCCUCCGUGUGCAUGAACUUCUGUGCCGCCUUCCUUAGCUUUGCCCAGAACACAGUUGUCCAGGAUGACCCCAGGCUCGUCCACCUCUUCUCCUGGGAGCCUGGUGGCCCAGUCACAGUGUCUGUACACCGAGAUGCACCCCAUGCCUUCCUGCCCACAUGGUACGUGGAAGCCAUGACCCAGGACCUCCCAUCACCCCCCAAGACACCCUCCCCCACGGACUGAUGCUGCAGUGGGGGCGGGUCCUGUCUCCAUGCACAGAUAAAGGUCUAUUUCU